AGCGGCGCUGCUCUCAGCUGCAUCAGAAAUGCCUCAUUUCUUUUCCCGACAGACCUGAGAGGCUGCCGGCCUCUUGACCACCCAUUUACCAAUUGAGGAAACCGAGGCAGAGGAGGUUCAGGUUUGGUUCAUCACUCUGGAACAUCAGAGCCACCAAUGGCCUUGCAGAGUUCUGGACCCACUCUGGGGUCCUUCAGAACCCCCACCCGAGGCAGCCUCCUGCUUCUGCUUCUCAGCCUCAGGUGGGCACUACCUUCCACGGCGAAGACUGCAGACACAGGACAGGGUGUCACGACCUCAUGGCUGCAACGCACCUCCUGGGCUCAGCAGCCUGAGCGAGCCGUCGUCCUCCCAAGGGCUCUGCAGGGCACAGAGAAGAAGGCCUGCCCCUCAGGGAAGGAGGUCCACAUGGUGGAUGAAGACCUUGUCUUCUAUGAGGAGUGGGAGCUGGAGGCCUGUGUGAGCGGGGCCCUGCUGGCCGAGCAAAUGAACCUGGUGAACGCACUUCCCUUUACCAACGAGCAGCUUGCCAUUUUAAAGCACAAACUGGACCAGCUCUACCCACAGGGGUACCCUGAGUCCCUGAUCCAGAACCUGAGUUACUUCUUCCUUGAGGUCACCCCCGAGGACAUCCACAAAUGGAAUGUGACAUCCCUGGAGACAGUGAAAUCUCUGCUCAAAGUCAGCAAAGGGCGGAAAAUGGAUCCUCAGGUGAUCACCCGUUGGGAGGGGAGCGCAGAGGGUGAGGCUGUGCAGGCCUUGGGGGAUGCUUCUCUCCCCGCCCCAAGGCACCUCACUGGGCUCCUCCCACAGGUGGCUGCCCUGAUUGCCCGCUAUGUGAUGGGAGGGGGCCAGCUGGACAAGGUCACCCUGGACAUGCUGGCCAGCUUUCAUCCCACCUACCUCUGCUCCCUCAGUCCUGAGCAGCUGGGCCUCGUGCAAGACGAUGUUCUUCGGGGGGUCAGGCCCCAGGACCUGGAUGCGUGCCACCCACUGCAGAUGGACGUCCUCUAUCACAAGGCCCACAUCGCUUUCCGGAACAUGAGCGGGUCCAUGUACUUUGCGAGAAUCAAGCCCUUCCUGGGUGGGGCCUCCACGGAGGACUUGCAGGCUCUCAUUCCGCAAAACAUCAGCAUGGACAUGGCCACAUUCAAGAGGUUAAGGAAAGAGGCCUUACUGCCACUGACCAUUGCUGAGGUGCAAAAACUUCUGGGUCCAAACCUGGAGGGCCUGAAGGCAGAGGAGGGAAAUAGCCCCGUGCGGGACUGGAUCUUGCGACAACAGCAGAAUGACCUGGACAGCCUGGGGCUGGGGCUUCAUGGCGGCAUCCCCAACGGCUAUAUGGUCCUAGACCUCAGCUUUCGAGAGGCCCUCUCAGGGGGAUCCCACCUCGUUGGACCUGGAUAUGCGUUCAUUAUGAUCCCAGCUCUGCUCCUGGCUUUGAACCUGAACUGAGCAGGAUGCUCUGGAUGCUGAACUGGGCCCUGCUGUGGAGACUCCCACCUGGGGGAGUAGGCCUGCCUGGGUGGUCCCUGCCCCACCCUAGGGGACAGGAGCUUAAUAAAAGAGAACAUGUUCCUCCUCCAAA